UUUGCGUGUUAAUGUAUCUUAACCUUGAGGAUUUUACAUUCAGCUGAAACUGCUCUUGAUGGUUACCAGCGAGAUUUAAGAACAUGUGCUUUAAACAAAAUUAGCAAACUUCCUUGUUGGUUUUAACGUUAAAAAUUGAGAUGGGGGUAUCCGGAAAGAGACGUAAUCCUAACCUUGACAAGGGCUGCGGAGAAGAAACACAGAUGGAGUUAUCUGGAAAGAAACGUGAUCCUGACCUUGACAAACGCUGCGGAGAAGAAAAACAGAUGGAGGUAUCUGGAAAGAGACGUGAACCUGACCUGGACAAGGGCUGCGGAGAAGAAAGACAGAUGGAGGUAUCUGGAAAGAGACGUGAACCUGACCUUGACAAGGGCUGCGGAGAAGAAACACAGAUGGAGGUAUCCGGAAAGAGACGUGACACUGACCUUGACAAGGGCUGCGGAGAAGAAACACAGAUGGAGGUAUCCGGAAAGAGACGUGACUCUGACUUUGACAAGGGCUGCCGAAAAGAAACACAGAUGGAGGUAUCUGGAAAGAGACGUGAUCCUGACCUUGACAAGGGCUCCGCAAACACAACUGUCUACUGCCAGCCGUGUGAAGAGGGCGUGAAACGUACUGUAGCCCAGGGAUUCUGUCAGACCUGCAAGGAGUACAUGUGUGAUCCCUGUAUCGAGGCACAUACUAGGCUAAAGGUGUCCAUGGAUCACAUUAUUCUGUCCAAAGAGAAGAUACUGCCCUUCUACCAGUCUGCCAGGCAGGCCAUUGUCUGCGACACGGAGUAUUGUAAAGUCCAUACAACUGCGAUGGUAAAGUUUUACUGUCCGACCCACAGGUUCCUUGGCUGUGUUAGUUGUGUCAUGUUUGAUCAUGGCAGCUGUAAACUCGACUACAUUGCUGACCUGGCUAAAGAGUUCGUCGAUGGAAAAGUAUUUAGACAGCUUGGUCUAUCGAUUAACCGAGCUGAUGAUCUACUAUCUGGGUCCGCUACCAAUGUCAAGGAACUUUUGGACGAGGUCGAAAAUCAUUCGAAAGAUGAGAUCGAAAGACUGAUAAAGUUCCGGGCUGAAAUCAAUGCCUAUCUCGACUGCCGUGAGAGGGAGUUACUUGAAAGCAUGCAGAAAAUAAAAUACGAGGACGUAAUUCUGCUAACUGCACUUAACACUGAUUGUCAGUAG